AUGCCUCCCAAGACUUCGGAGCGAUCUUCGAAAUCAGGGAAAGGCUCCCAGAAAGGAGAGGUACCGCAGGUGACCCGAAUAGACUUUGGAUUACCUCCAGCGGUUACGACGUCGCUCCAGUCUAUCUCUUCGCGGGCGACUCAGGACCUCUGGUUGCAGGCCAACUUCAACCAGGAGGAUGCCACAGCCGAGCAGCAAGCCCAACGAAGGGCGAACGCUAUUUCAAAAUUAUCAAAGCGCCUGACCGGCAACGCUCGUGCCAAGGACGAGCUGAAGACGUCGCUGCAGCAAUGGUUGUCGACGAUUGGUCUCCAUCUUCUGGGACUCAUAAGUCGAGUCCGAGCUAUUGGAGACAAGAUCGACGAAGACACCCUUGGUGCUGUGCAGGAGAUGCAAGCUGUUCUGGCGGAACAACAGUCCAGCGCCUCAUCCGAUCGGGUGGCUCUUGCCCAAGGCUCCCUGGGACGAGUGUGGAGCUUGUCCCAGGUAGCGGAGGUACAGGCUAUCGCCUCGGCUUUGAGGACCUUUUCCAGUGGUGCACUGGCCGGACCUCCAGAUCCUACCUCUGCUGCGUGGCGUUUGGGCGAGGGCUCUGUGCCGACCCGAACGCCACCUCCGGAGCCCGUCCAAGGUGCAGAAGGUCAACUGGCGGGCACUGGCGAUAUGGGCUCCGAGGCCAGCUUUGGGCUUCCGGGGCGUCCCCAUAUGGUAGGUGUCGACUAUGGCAUCCGCCUCGGGACCGCCCUCGAUGAGCUCUGGCGGGCGCUGGCGAAAGCGGAGUGGCGGAGGCACCGAACGCCCCGCCAAGAGUCCUCGCAGAUCAAUCGAGACGGCGCCAUGGCCCAGGGAAUCGACAGGACGCACCCCGGAGUCUCUGAGCCGGCCGCCGGGGAGAUCACGGACAACGACACCGAGCUUAUUCCGGACCUGGCACAUACUGGGCCUGUGGCACCGGCAGCUCCUCGAGCACAGGACUGGGUGGCGGCAUGGCAGGCACUCCUUCGCUUCGCUGUCGACAGUGGUGCAGAUCCGGUCGGGGAUCUGACUGCCUGCCCGCGCCAGGAUGCGGCUUUGCCGGUCACAACGGAUGCCCAAGCCGAACCCCUAGUUCGGCAGCGUGUGGAGCAGACUUGGCAGGCCUUGAAGGAUGGGGUCUCGGGCGAGGCCGAUGCGGACCUUCCGUCGCUGCACAGACUGCUGGCAGAAGCGUUGCAUCAGCUACGUGGAUGUGCCGGCGCCCUUCCUGCUGCACCUCAAGGACUUUUGGUUGCCGCCCACAUCUCGGUGGGUGGCUUGCUCGAUCCCUUUGCCUACGCACCAGCAACGGCACAAGAAUGGCUGUUCCCAGGUCUCUUGACCGAGGCGGGCCUUCCUUGCAAGGGAUUCAUUGCGUUGGAAGCGUCAGCCCACCAUCAUGUUCAGACUAUUCUGCGGCAGCCAUGCCCUUUCCUGGAAAGCAUGAGGUUGGAGACCACACAGGAGCUCAUGUAA